CAUGGCGUCAGUAGCUGCCCGGACACAGGCCCGCGCGAGACUCGACUCAAAAGCAGAACGGAUACCCACAUAGCAUUCAGCACAUCUGGAGUCGUAGAGUCGCAAUGCAGAGCCAGGCGAAUCUGAACUGGGGCAUCGCGGCAGCGGGCAGGAUAACGCAGGACUUUGUCACCGCAUUGGGAACCGUGGAGAAGUCCCGUCACGUAGUGGUGGCCGUGGCCGAUGUGGAUGGCCAGCGGGCGCAGCAGUUCGCCCAGAGGAAUCAGAUACCCAGGCACUACGAUGGCUUCGAUGCACUGGCUCUGGAUCGAGAGGUGGAUGUGGUGUAUGUGGGCACUCUGAAUCCAUUCCACUACGCUGUCGUCCAUCUCAUGUUGGCGAGGGGUAAAAACGUGCUCUGUGAGACUCCCAUGUGCUUGAGCGUGGAGCAGGCCAAGGAGCUGUACACCUUGGCCGAGCAGCGUGGAGUGUUCCUCAUGGAGGGCAUGUGGUCACGCUUCUUUCCCAGCUACGAUAGUCUGAGGGAACUCCUGAACAACGACGUCAUUGGGGAGGUGACCCAGGUGAAGGUACAGCACGGCUUUCGCCUGGCCCACAUGGAACGGGUGUGCAACCGAUCUCUGGGCGGGUCGAUCCUCAUGGACAUCGGCAUCUACGCCCUGCAGCUGGGUCAGUUCGUUUUCGGUGUAUCUCCCGUCAAGAUCCUGCCCAGCGGAACGCAGCUCAACAAGGAACGCGUGGAUGUGCAGAUCGAGUUUAUGCUGGACUAUGGCGAUGGUCGCCGACUGGUGGCUCUGGUAACCGGACUAGAGAAUCUGGAAAACGAUGCCGUCAUCACGGGCACCAAAGGCGAGAUUAAGCUGUCCAACUACUGGUGCUGCACCCAGCUGAGCCGCUCUAAUGCUCCUCCCGAAUCCUGGCCUCUGCCACGGGCCAAGUUUGAUUUCCACUACACGAACACCUGCGGGCUGAGGUACGAGGCGGAGGAAGUGCGUCGCUGCAUAGAGAAACGCCUGCUCGAGAGUCCCAAAUUCACGCACGCCGAAAGUCUGGAGCUAGCAGCCAUUGCGGAUGAGAUCCGACGGCAAAUCGGUGUGGUAUAUGAUGUGUGAGCUGUGAAGAACUCAUAGCUUCUUGUUACAAUAACCAUGAUGAAUCUACAAACUAUCUUUAAAAUACAUCGAUAUUUCAUAUGGCGCAAUGCUGAUAUUUUGUAUUCAAUAUUUAUUUAAAUAAUUGCAAUUA